AUGGAAGUCCAUCUCAAGGCACAAGAUCUUUGGGAAGCAACUGAGCAAGACUACGAAGUCGUUGAUUUGCCGACCAAUCCAACCAUGAACCAAAUAAAGAUUCACAAGGAGAGGAAGACAAGGAAGGCUAAAACCAUGGCCUACUUGUGUGCUGCAAUUUCUCCCAAUAUUUUCACAAAAAUCAUGAACUUGUCUUCAGCAAAAACCAUUUGGGAUCAUCUCAAAGAAGAAUACCAAGGCAAUGAACGAGUGAAGAAUAUGCAAGUGUUAAACUUGAUCAGAGAGUUUGAAAUGCAAAGAAUGAAGGAGUCAGAAACUGUAAAGGAGUACAUUGACAUGUUGCUUAGCCUUGCUAACAAACUGAGGUUGUUAGAGUUACUUAAUGCUUUACAGGCUCAAAAACAAAGAAGGCUUGUGAGGAUAGGAGAAGCCGUCGAAGGAGCUUUACAGGCACAAACAAGGCCCACCGGUGAAAAAAAGGCUUGGAAUCACAACAAGAAGCUUGCAAAUACUGGAAACAACAAUAGUGGAAAUUAUCCACCUUGCCCAUACUGCAAAAAAACCAAUCAUCCACAACACAAGUGUUGGUGGAGGCCCAAUGUAAAGUGCAACAAAUGUGAUCAACUAGGUCACAUCACAAUUGUGUGCAUAUCACAACAACAAGAAGGAGAAGCUAGAGUUGUUGCUGACCAACAUGAGGAUGAUGAGUUAUUUUAA